AUGAGUAUCAACCCAAAGGUUACUUCUGCCACCCAGGCUGACGUUGCCGUUUACAAGUCUUUCCAGAAGCAAUUCCCAGACUUCUCCAGAUGGUUCAACCACAUCGCCUCUUUCACAGCCGAGUUCGAGACCUUGCCAGCCGGUGAGGCCCCAGCUGGUGCCAAGGAGGUUGCUGCUGAGGAGGACGACGACGAUGAAGUCGACCUCUUCGGUUCCGAUGACGAUGAAGUUGAUGCCGAGGCCGAGAAGGUGAAGCAACAGAGACUCGCCGAGUACGCCGCCAAGAAGGCUGCCAAGGGUCCUAAGCCAGCUGCCAAGUCGCUCGUCACUUUGGAUGUCAAGCCAUGGGAUGACGAGACCGACCUCGAGGAGUUGUUGGCUAACGUUAAGGCCAUCGAGAAGGACGGUCUCAUCUGGGGUGCCCACACCUUCAUCCCAGUUGGUUUCGGUAUCAAGAAGUUGCAGAUCAACAUUGUUGUUGAGGAUGACAAGGUCUCUCUUGAAGAGUUGCAGCAGGAAAUCGAGGAGGACGAGGACCACGUCCAAUCCACCGACAUCGCCGCCAUGUCGAAGUUGUAA